AUGAGCCAGUCAUGUAGACUCCCUCCCAGCUCAAUCAAGCACGUCUGCUGGCGCGCAAUCACGCCAUCGGUCGCCAUCGGGUCGCCAUUGUGGCUCACGACCUCGACCACUCUCACAAUGGACCACUCGGCGUUCGCCACAACUCGCGCUUCGACGACGAGGACGGUCAUACACGACCUUCCGGCAGAGAUUAUACUAUCAGUCUUCUCGCAUAUCGUCACAAACGACAUAUUUCAUGGAAGCAGCCACGUCGCACCAGCCAUUGUCAUCUCCAGCCAGGUCUGCAGCCGAUGGAGGUCCAUUGCACUGAGUCACAGCCAGUGCUGGAGUAACGUGGAUAUAUGCGCGCGAUACUGGUCCAAGCUCUUUGCUGAGCGAGCCGGAGGCCAGGCUCUGUCGCUUAUUGCCCGACGGCCCGUCUCAAGCGAGCAAAUGCAGCUCUUUGAGCCGUAUUUAGCCCGUGUGCGGGGGCUGGUACUGGGCUCAUCCGCCGGAGGAGGGAAGCGGUCCAAUGCGGAAUCAGCGCCAAACUUACUCUCGCCCUCUGCGACACCUCUCCUGGAGUCGCUUCACCUGGAAGAUCAGCCGCAAUAUGAAUAUCACGCAACGGCGCCGCCCAGCCUCCGCCGACUGAUCUUACGAGACGGUUGCCAUAUUUCGCCUCUGUUCCCCAUCUUGAAUUCGACGCUUGUACACCUCGAGCUGUCCAGGUGUCAUUCAGUUGAAGCGGCAGGAUCCGACGUCGUACACGCUAUCCUUCUUGGGCUUCCGCACCUCCAGACUCUUGUACUGGACUAUGCGCGGAAGUCCCACGUCGCAUCCCCAUCCGCGCUGCAGGCGAGGCCCGCUACCUUACCGCGCUUGCAUCGGCUUCAUAUCCGCGACACGCUCUCCAACCUUGUUCGACGGUUGCAGCUUCUCGAUAUACCGAGCGAGGCACAGAUAACUGUGGCAUCCGAAGAGCCCGUUAGUAUCGCCACCUUGGGCGCAGUCGCGGCCCUCACCAACUUCUUGAGUGGACACACGUCUGCGGUGUCGCACACGUUAACCGUUGACGCCCCAACGCCUGGUACAUGCACUGGCCGCAUUGCGUUGUCGUAUCAGAGUUGUCAGGGAGGUCGUGAGCUUUCACGAAUGGAGCUGGCGACCGGCGCAGGUCAUGCACCUAUGCCAUGCAUCCUUCGCAAGCUCCUGGGCUCUGGGCAGCUGCACGUGCAUGACCUGCAUGUCAGCCACGGUCACUUCUUUGCUCCCUGCGCGUGGACGGACCUCCAUCGCCUGACACCGGAUGCCAUGCGUAUCACCGCCAUCGGACAAGCGAACAUUGUAAACGGACUACUGCAGGUCCUUCACGAUGGAGCGUACGCUGGCAUGAACAAGCUCACGGUCGCGAACGUUGUAUUGGGCAGCCAGGCAGGUCUCGAUAUGACCGCCUGGGCCAAUGUCCGAGCGAAGCGAGCGAGUCUUGACAUGCAACUGGAGGCGUGCGUCGCCCGUGCUGAGCCUCUGCUCAUCAGAUGCGGCGAUUUGGCAUAUUCGGACGCCUGCUGGCGAGGGCUGUCUUGA